AAAAAGUUUUAUUCUGUCAGGAGCCCCUUGUUCCCCGGUGGUCUGUCGCCGCUGCCUCUUGCCUUGGCGGCUGUUUCCAUCUCUCUUUCUCGCUCUCAACACCUCAUAUGGAUCCGGUAGGAAUCGCUGCUGUUGUGCCCGCUGCUGAGGCGAACCCGGGCCCAGCUUGGCCUCAAAGCAAGUGCCCAUGGGGAACUCCUAAAAAUACUACAAUAUCAUGUUCCCUUGCUGAUGUCAUGAGUGAACAACUAGCUAAAGAGAUGCAGUUGGAAGAAGAAAGUUCUGCUUUUCCAGAAGUGGUAUCGGCUGUUGAAGGUCCAUUUAUUAGUGGGGACAAUACUGAUACUUCAAGUGACCUGAUGCUGGCACAAAUGCUGCAAAUGGAGUUCGACAGAGAGUAUGAUGCACAACUUCGGCGUGAAGAGAAAAAAUUCAACGGGGAUAGCAAAGUGUCCAUAUCUUUUGAGAACUAUCGAAAGGUGCAUCCAUAUGAAGACAGUGACAGCUCUGAAGAUGAGGUCGAUUGGCAGGAUACUCGUCAUGAUCCAUAUAGAGCAGAUAAACCCACUACUACUCCAAAAAAGGGCUUUACAGGAAAAGGAAAAGAUAUUACUACUAAACAUGAUGAGGUUGUAUGUGGACGAAAGAAUACCGCACGGAUGGAAAAUUUUGCACCUGAAUUUCAGGUUGGUGAUGGAAUUGGUAUGGACCUAAAAUUGUCCAAUCACGUUUUUAAUGCCUUAAAGCAACAUGCAUAUUCUGAGGAACGUCGAAGCGCCAGGCUCCAUGAGAAGAAGGAACAUUCCACUGCUGAGAAAGCAGUAGAUCCCAAAACACGUUUACUUUUAUAUAAGAUGGUCAAUUCUGGGAUGCUGGAGACCAUCACUGGAUGCAUAAGUACAGGGAAAGAGUCUGUGGUGUUUCAUGCAUAUGGAGGAAGUUUGGGUGAGGAUGACAAAUCUGUACCUUCAGAAUGUGCCAUAAAAGUAUUUAAAACAACUCUCAAUGAAUUUAAAAAUCGUGAUAAGUAUAUCAAGGAUGACUAUCGAUUUAAAGACCGUUUCAGCAAACUGAAUCCACGAAAGAUCAUCCGUAUGUGGGCUGAAAAAGAAAUGCACAAUUUAACAAGAAUGCAGAAGGCAAGCAUUCCUUGUCCAGAAGUGGUUAGCCUUAAAAAACAUGUGUUAGUCAUGUCGUUCAUUGGUCAGGAUCAAGUCCCAGCUCCUAAACUAAAAGAAGUAAAACUCAGUAGUGAAGAUAUGAAAAAGGCCUACUAUCAAGUCCUUCACAUGAUGCAACAGUUGUAUAAAGAGUGCAGCUUAGUCCAUGCUGACCUGAGCGAGUACAAUAUGCUGUGGCAUAAGGGACAGGUCUGGUUAAUUGAUGUGAGUCAGUCUGUGGAGCCGACUCAUCCUCAUGGACUUGAGUUCUUGUUCAGAGAUUGCAGGAAUGUUUCACAAUUCUUCCAGAAGAGUGGUGUAUCCGAAGCACUCAAUGAACGAGAGCUUUUCAAUGCGGUCUCAGGUUUAAAUUUUGCAGCUGAAAAUGAGGUGGACUUCUUAACUGAGAUCGAAGCUCUGGAGAAGAUAAACGAAGACCACAUACAGAAUCAUGGGAAAAAAGUGUCUUUGUUUUCAAAUGAUGAUGAGGACCCACCAACGUUUUGCAACAAAUAGCACUUCAAGUUGAACUGAAGUAUCGUUUUUAUAUCUAAGUUUUAGUGCAGUGAUAAAAUGUCAGCUGCUAAAGGCAAGAGAAAUGGUGAUCAACUCUGAAUGCCGUAAAUGAAACUUCAGGGAAUGUGCAUCGGUGCUUUGGGGUGUGUUUAAGAAAAGUUCACAAAUUAGUCCACUUGGAGUAUCCAUGUAGAUCUGUGACAAUGAAAAAAUAACUUCCUUUUCAAUCUGGCAGUUUUUUCAGUUGCAUUGUAGCUGAGUUAAAUAUAUGAUUUAAAUAUUUAAAAUUUCUAAAAUGAUGUGAUAAUUUCAGAUUAACUUCUGAACUACUACAUGUAAGUGGGUGAAAGUGACAGAUGCUCUUUCCCUCACUUCCACUACAUAGUGCUAUACCUGAUUGGGGGCAGGGGGGAAGGUUUAAUCUUUUGUUCUUAAGUGCAUGCUUAAGGCUGAAUAUACAUUUAAUGUUUCAGAACUAUUCGAAAUUGAGCUGCUAUAAAGAAAAUUACUAUUUUUACAAAAACUCCAUAUGAGAGAGAUUCUUAGUAUUUGAUAAAUGGAAUUUGUAUUAAUUAUGAAAACUAGCUUAAAAUGUUUUCUAUGAUUUUUACACACAAUUAAAAAAGUAACAAUUGGCCUGUAAUUUGAUUCGUAAUUUUUAGGCCAUAAUGCAGUUUUCAAAAAAAAUAUUACUGGAUUAUCAAUAGGAAAUAUUUUGUCUUUUAUUUUUUAGGGAACAAUGCAAAAAUGGAAGACAGCUUAAUAUUCUUAGACAAAUGUAGAUUUGAAGAAAAAAAUAUGAAUAAAGUUUAAUUAUGUAAAAUGACUGAGGUUCAUAAGCAGGAGGAGCUCCAUUACAGUUGUAUCCCAGGUUGCAUAAACUUUGGUGGGUGGGAGAUUUCCAUAGUUGUAGAAAAGAUUGUUUUAGGCAUGAUUCAGAAAAGAACCCUUGUGUUUAAGAGUGUGCAUGUGACUUAGCCUCCUGUGUAAUACAGUUCAUACAACCACUUAAAUGAAAAAGCAAAUCUAUAAAACUGCAGCCUUUUUUCUUUAUUUGUUAAGAAAUCUACAGUCGUGUCAUGACAGCGAGCAUGCUUAUAGGUCCUAUCUGGAAAUGGCAUAGAAUUCCCAAGAUCUCUGUACUCCUAUAUAGGUUGACUUCGUUAUUGGAGUGUGCUUGUGUUUAAGUAGAUCAUAUCCAUUCUGGUAAGGCUAGCAUAAAAGACAUUAAUGCAUUGAUGCAAAUUCAGUGGGUUAAUGGAUUUAGUAGGGUGGUAAAACUGUUGAACAGUCAUCUUAACUUUUCAGCUUUUUUCUUUUAAAUUUGUACUUCAUGAUGUUGUAAUGAGAUGGUUGCUGUUUGAUGCUCCCACAGUAGCCCACGAAAAUGCUUAUUCCAGGCAGAAAUGGAUGGAGAAAUAAACACAUCAGAUCUUGUGGCUGUA